AUGUUAUCGUCGUACGUACGUUUCAUUUUGUUUUCAUCUACACGCGGUCGACUUUCUAAAGAUUUACGUUCGACACAGAAACAUUUGUUAUGUAUUUCCAAGAGUCUAUCUACAGUACCAUAUAAAAAAUUAUCGGAGGAAACGAAUCAUCGUCAAGACAAUUAUUCAGACUCCUAUAAUUCUGUUAAUCGACGAAAAGUAGAACCAGAUGUUGAAAAAAAGAAAGAAGUUAACUUAAAAAGGUCUAUCGAAAACGAGCAAAUACUAGUAGCUGCAAAUGAUUUACUUGAAGCUAAACGUUUCAUAGAAGAAGAAAAGAAAGUACAUUAUACUUCUGAACAUGUUUCAACCAGCACUGAAAAAUUUUCAUUGGGUUUGGAACCGAUUCAAUCAUCAUCAUCUCUGUCUUCUAUGCAUAAUACCGGUGAACUUUUUCGUGAUGCAAAACUAGCACCCAAUUAUACACCAGUUUUACCUGGUACACCGACUUCUCCUCCACAAACAGGAACAGUUUCUUCCAGUCAAUCUUCAGUUCAAGAACCAACAUUCAACACAUCUGGAAGUACUAUUACAUCACGGUUACAAGUUUUAUCACCGAAAUACACUACUUCAGAACCUUACGAUGUUCCAUUAACGCAGGAACACUUCAUACCGAUAACACGUCCGUCAUUGAUCCGUUUAAUUGCUACUGAUUCAAAUCUACUAGCAGAAGAUGAACGAUUUUUAUUUCAUCAAUUAUGUUCUGGUUUAGAUUCAGCUGUUGUUCAGCGCUAUCAUCCGGUUCUCAAUGAAUUAAAACAUUUAUUCGAUCCAUUGAAUCCUGAUAAUGAGACUCAUUCAACAAGAAAAGUAUCAUAUCGAGAUAAAUUAGACAACGAAUAUUGGUUAUUACAAAAAAUUGAUGAUAUUUUGAUGAGAGCAAAUUUUAGCGUAUUACCAAAGAGAAUAAUUGUGGAUAAACUGUUAACUAGUGAACAGGGUACAUUGAAUGUUAAAAUAAAUGGUUAUGACUAUGAUGUAUUAAAAAUUUGGAUAUUAGGUCGAGAGAGUAUGCCGAAUGAAUAUAUGCCAUGGUAUAAACGUUUGUUUAGAUUCGGACGGAAACCAUCAUCACAACCAACAUCAACAGAUUAUUUUAAACGCAUUAUAUUAGCUGUACGUCUUAAAGGACAAGAUCGUUUGUAUUUAAAAGCAUUUCGUGAUGUAUCCUUACAAAGUAUAUCACAACUAUUACCAACUGGACGAAUUCAAAUCGGCCGUUUUGAACAACAAUUAUUAUGGUUAACAUUGUUUACUGGUUCAGCAACAGUUAUAACAAAAUUAGUAACAACAAUGGCUGAUAUUUAUACGCCUAGUAUCAUGUUAGUUGGUGGUAGUCUGACAUUGUUUAUUGGCGGUUAUGGAUAUAAAAACUAUAUGUUAUCGAAAUUUGAUUAUUUUUCAAGUAUGAAUCAUCUGUUAUUCUAUAAAAAUAUUGCAAAUAAUAAAAGUUUAUUGACAAUGAUUGUCGAUAGAGCCGAAGAUGAAUUAAGUAAAGAAAUUCUACUUGUUUACAUCUAUUUAUUAUCGAAACAAAAACUCAAACAAGAAUUAACAUUGAAAACACUUGAAAUUGAAAUUGAAAAUUGGCUCAGACAAAAAACAAAUAGUGUUAUUCAUUUUAACAGUGUACAAUCUGUUGAAUUUUUAAAAACAUUGGGUAAAAUAAUUAUUCAUUUAUUCAAACAUAAGUUUAUGUAUAUUCUGUUAUUAUUUUUAGGUAUAUUACAACAAAAAGGUAAUGAUGAUAUUGAAAAGUUACAUGUUAUACCAAUGAGACAAGCAGUAGGCAUCUUGCCAAUGGUUAAUCGUACAUUGAGUGAAAAAAAUGAAGAAAUGGAUUUAAUUGAAGGUUAUGAUAAAAAGUAUUAUGAAAUUGAUUGGAAAACAAUUCUAGAUGAAGAUCGAAAAUUGAAAAAAGGAGGAUGGGCAUAA